UCGACCACCUCCCACACACCUCAAUCUUCACCCGCCACCAUGUCCGUUGCCGCUCUUUCGAAGUCGUUGCCAAAGCCGAAAUACACAGGCGAAGAGGAAGAACUGACGCGAAGCACACGCGUACUGAGCUCUGAGCAGUACGAGACUCAGGUUGUAAGACGGCAAAAUGGACCACCUCCAUAUGGCAGCAGGCAAAGCUGGCGACCGCGCACGGCUGAGGACUUCGGUGAUGGCGGCGCAUUUCCUGAGGUUCACGUUGCACAAUACCCUCUCGACAUGGGAAAGAAGGGCCAGCCAUCCACAUCGAAUGCGCUGACAAGGCGGGUGGAUGCUGAAGGAAAGACAAAGUACGACGAAAUCGCGAGAAGAGGGCAUGGCGAAAACAGGAUAGUACAGGCCAGUUUUAAGGACCUGAUUCCGCUGCGACAACAGGCAAAUGCUGGCGAGCUUGAUUUGGAUCGCCCAAGUCAGGAGGUCGUGCAGGCUACAAAGGCGAAGACGGAGGCGGCGCUCAUGGCGCUUGUACAAGGGCAGACCGCUGCGCAGAAGCCGAAGAACGUCCAGGGCCGUAAGGACGAUGAACCUACAUUUGUGCGAUACACACCAACUGCGCAGAUGGGCGAAGCACAGGGCAAGACCCGUAUCUUCAAGAUUCAGCAGCGACAGAUCGAUCCCAUGGAGCCACCGAAGUUCAAGCACAAGCGUAUCCCUCGUGGUCCUCCUUCUCCACCGCCCCCAGUCCUCCACUCGCCGCCGCGCAAGUUGACCGCCGAGGACCAAGAAAUGUGGAAGAUCCCACCGCCGAUCAGUAACUGGAAGAACCCCAAGGGUUACACAGUGCCGCUGGACAAGCGCCUGGCAGCAGAUGGGCGAGGUCUUCAGGACAUUACAAUCAACGACAAGUUCGCACAGUUUGGUGAGGCGCUGCAAGCCGCAGAUAGGCACGCUCGAGAGGAAGUCAAGCAACGUGCGAUCAUGCAACAAAGAUUGGCGGAAAAGGAGAAGCUGCAAAAGGAAGAACAUCUGCGCAACCUAGCCAAACAAGCCCGCGAGGAGCGCGCAAACGCUGGACGCCGCCGCUCGUACAGCGACUCAGAAUCCGACUCUGAGCAAGAGGAGGUCCGUAAACGACAAGAAGCAAGAAAGGAACGCCGCGAGGACUUCCAGCGGGAGCUACGACAGGCGAAGAUGGGCACGGAACGCAAGACCCAGAUGCUUGCUCGCGAACAGAAUCGAGACAUAUCAGAAAAGGUCGCACUUGGUCUUGCAAAGCCCACACGAGGUGGAGAGUCCAUGUACGAUGCACGGUUGUUCAAUCAGUCUAGCGGUUUCAAUGCCGGUAUCAACGAAGACAACCACUACGACAAGCCUCUAUUCGCCGCCCAGGACGCUAUCAGCAGUAUCUACCGGCCGACCGUGCAGCAGGAUGAUGGGGAAGAUGAGGGUCAAACAUAUGACCGUAUUACCAAGUCAAGCAAAUUUGAUGUGCUGGGCAAGGCGGGUAAGGGCUUCAAGGGCGCUGAUCUGCAAGAGCAAAGAGAUGGUCCGGUUCAGUUCGAGAAGGACACCGAUGAUCCAUUCAACAUCAAUGCAAUGAUCAACGAGGUCAAGGGCGAACCGAAAAGCGGCGAGAAGCGCUAUGGCAUUACAGACCCCUCGGAAGGACGAUCGACGAAGCGCGCACGAGUGGACGACGACAGCGACUGAGGGCAUGGGAGUUGAACUUCGUAUUUUACAUUGUACAGGCAUGAGCUUUGGAGUUAUUCCGCGCGCACAGCUGAGACUGGUAAUUUAUAUUUGGGCAGCAUCACUAUCCGAAGGUCUUGGCUAUAGGAGGAUACCAUUGCGUACCUGGUGGAGCACAUGCAGACACGAUUAUCAUCGGAUGCGAGCCCAGUCGAUACUUAAAGUCUGAAACGUGGUGCUCUGGCAUUCAAGAUUACUGUCACAAACUUCGAGUAAGCAAUGAUACCUACAUAGACUCGACAAGAAACACUCUGCAUGCCCAGUCUAUAGUUACACUGCAUCGCUUGAGCUUUCAGCCUCACCUUCGUCCUCCA